AGCAAAUCCCAAGGAGGAGGAGUGUUUACAUCCUCGUCUUGUGACAUUUCUCAAGGAAUGGUGACGACUGAGUUCUCCCCGAGGCUGAGGAUAAGACGAGGAGGUCGCUAGGAGUCGAAGAAGGACAUAUUCAAGGAGGAGUGAGAAGUAGGCCGAGGAUAAAAGAUACUUGAUGUGCACCAUUUUGUGAUCUUUAAUUGAAGAAAAUUCUGGAUAAAAGAUUGCUUUGAUGUAAAAUAGAUUGGAUUUUAUCCUUGUGAAUUCUUGAAUAGAAAAUUAUAAGUCCGUUGCAAAACCAUUUGUCUCUGAAUAUUUUUUUUUUUUUCUUUAGAUAUCUUACUGCCUAAAACAAGGCUGAUCAUUAUUGAAAUAUUGGAUAUACCAUAAUAUUGCUGGAUAUACAGACACUUAUCCAAGCGAACUGAGUGAGGAACAAAAGCGAACCCAUGUGGCAUUCUCAGAAGACUUGUCAACCUGUCAUCAAGCUCCCAUAGCUGGCAUCCUCUCGCACAGAAGUCCGGUUAGGAAUACCUCAUGUUAAGCCGGUUCAAGACUGCCCUUUACAAUGUGGUUGGGAGUUUUGAUCCAGGGGAAAACAACGUGGGGGCUCUGGGACCAGGGGUGACAUCGACCCUCCCUACGGCCUCUGGGGUUUCAAGAAGUGCUAGUCAGUCAAGCAGCUCAAGAGAGAAGGGUCUGCGAUUCCCCUACACACGACCACACUUCCUGCAACUAAAUUCGGAAGAUGAGAUCCAGGUAUCAGCUGACCAUGCCAUUCGGCCAAUCAUCUGCCCCAGGGACAUCAACAGACUGCCCUGGAAGACUGGAUAUGCAGAGACGAUCAAUGCAGGAAAAUCCAAGAAAAAUGAGGACCAGGCCAUGGUGCACACAGGGCUCCUCACGCGUCCCAUUAGGUCGGAGUCAUCCAAUAGCCGGUCAUCACCCACACUGUCCAAAGAACAAAGUCUUUCAGUCAGGAAUGAGCCUUUUGUCAAUGGCCAUGCAGAGGAGGUAGAGCCCUCAAAAGUAGGAGCAGCACAAGAACACACCGUUGUCUUAUCACCUCAGGGAGCUACUACAGAAACUUCCACUAGCAACACAAAGGACAAAAAAGAAAAUUCUAAUAGCAAAGACUCUCAGGAUGGCAAUAAGAGCAGCACUAAUGGUGAGGAAAGCAAAAGCACUAACACAAUCAGGCAAGGUGUAGUCUUGCAGCAUCCACUGGCAGAGCCAUCUCCAGCCCCAGCACCCGCUAUCACUAGUCAGCCAGACAGCAAGACUUCCAACAUCCCUCCGUCCACGACCCCACAGCCUCCCCCGGUGUCCUCGGUGUCUCUUCCAUACUUCAUUUUCGGGGUGUUUGACGGGCAUGCAGGAUGGGGAGCAGCAGUGGCCGCAGCUAAUCAGCUUCACCAUAUCAUUCAUGAAAAGUUAUGUGAUGUUAUUGAUGUGCUCCUGCCUGAUCCAAAUGAGGACAAGAGUACUAAGUCACAAUCACCACUCUGGCUGCCAGAUAAAGAAAUCACAGUGGAAAAUGUUGUAACUGGUGCACUAGAGUGUGCCUUCUGGGAAAUGGAUAAUGUGAUUGGUGAAGAUCGGCUGAAGUUCCAGUUGCAAGGAGGGUGCACUGCAUGCGUUGCAGUCUUCAUCCAUGGCAAACUUUUCUUAGCCAAUGCAGGGGAUUCCCGAGCUGUCAUCUCACGUGCAGAUCAACCUCUACCUAUGUCUCAUGAUUUUACACCGGAGACUGACAAUCAACGCAUAAGGAAGCUGGGAGCCAUGCAUCCAGAACUGCUGGGAGGAGAGUACACGCACCUGGACUUCUUCCAGCGUCCACUACGGCGUGACCUUGGCAGGAGAAUCCUUUAUCGUGACCACUACAUGAGUGGCUGGACAUACAAGACCAUCACCCCUGAUGACCUCAAAUAUCCACUUGUGUGUGGAGAGGGAAAAAGAAGUCGAGUAUUGGCAACCAUCGGAGUGACCCGUGGCUUUGGGGAUCAUGACCUAAAGGCCCAGUGCUCAUCAUUACCCAUCAAACCAUUCCUUACUCCAGAACCUGAGGUGAGAAUAUUUGACUUAACCUCAGCAGAUCUGACUGAUGGUGAUGUUCUGAUCCUUGCAACGGAUGGUCUCUGGGAUAUCACCACCAAUGAGAAGGCUGUCUCCAUAGUAACAAAGUCUCUCUCCCAUUUCCCAGCCGAGGAUCAUGAUAAAUACAAGUACAGAUACACAGGUGCUGCUCAGGAUCUGGUCAUGAGUGCCAGGGGAAAGUUGAAAGAGAGGAACUGGCGCACGAGUGAUGAUAAACAUGCAACCAUUGAUGACAUAUCUGUGUUUGUUAUCCCUCUUAAGCCUUACAAAGAAAUCAAUGAGGAAUGGACUCUUAAAUACAAAGCCAGUGUUGGUGCUAGUCAGAAAACGUGUGAGAUAAAAAACAGAGUUGGUGCGACUAGUAGUGUCUUGAGCCGGCCUGUAGUUAGCAUUCUGAACCCUGUUGAACCUACCGAGGGGCUUGAUCAGUGCUCAGUUGCGCAGACUGAUGAACCUGAGAGCAGUGUGGCUGAACAAAAUGAUAAACCUGCUUCACCUUCAGAGGAGAUCAUUGUGACACCACCUGUCAGUGCAGCAGACCUCAAACCGCAGGAGGACUACUUCAGAGAUGACUCGGUAACAGAAGCACAAACUACAGUGCCAAGUGACAGCACAAAUGCCUCCUAGUGAAGGUCAGCAGGCAUCACUUCCUCAUAUGUUGAAUGUGAGGAACUUUAUAUCUGUUUUGUGAUAUCAAGUUUUAAAGGUACCUUAUUUGCCAGGGAACAUAUUUCAGAUUUUAGUGCAUUAAAAUGGAAAUGUGAAUUUUGUACUUUGUGCAUUUACAAAGAUUUAAAAAAGAGUAAUUGGACUUGCAUAAAGUUACUAAUGAUUAUUUGCAAAAUCAGUAAAGUUCAUUAAAAAAAGUGACACAAAUUGAACCACAAGUGGUAGGAAGAGAAAAUAUAUAUCGGAAUCUUUAAAAUCAUUGUCAAUUCAUUCCUGACUAUUUAUGCUUCACUAUUUGAGUCUCACAGGUAAUGCACACUUCACACACUGUGGAUUUUAGUGGAAACCUUUUCACAUUAUUGUACACAUACCUACUUAAGAUGUUGAAUUUGGAGGUCCCAAGAUAAAAGCUUCAUAUCUUUUUAUUGUAUGAAGCCAGUCUGUUAUGUUUCUUCUGAAACACUGGAUCAUUAUCUUUCAGCCUUUUCAUUAUGACUUAGCUGAGAUCUUUUGGAAGUGAAAGGAAAAACUUACCAUGGUAUUCAUGCAAAAAUACAUUCCAUUGUAGAUAUAUUGAUUUAAUGUCACAGUAUAUAUGUGUAGGUUUAUGAUAGAGAAUUAUCUUUUUAUCAACCUUGUUUUCAAAAUUUUCUUGAACAGAUUUUUUUCUCUUAUUUCUUUAGAGAUUAUUUUAUGCCAUUGGGCUCUUGUAAUUCCAAUUAAUGCACAGAUAUUUAACUGUGUGACAGAAAACAUCUCACAGUUUUGUCAGUCAGGUAUAUAAUUAUAGAGCAUUCCUUUGAAGACACUGAAUAAACAAUGCUUGCUUGAUAUUCAGUGUUUGUCAAUUUAAUUUGUAUACGUAUCUUGUAAAAUAAUUAUGUUGUUUGUCAUACCAGUCUGGCAGUAUUAUUGUCAUUUCUCUGUAGAGAGGGAAAAAACUUUAGUUUAUAGUGAUAGAUGUUUAUAUCUAGAUAUUAAUAAGUACAGAAAGAAAAAGACAUAUGAUGAUAACAAAAUGAAAAGGGUAAAAUGCCAGGAAAUACCAAAGUUAUUUUGGAGAUAAUGAAAGGACCUUUUGAAAGUGUUAUAUAAAAGAAAGUUUUGAAUGAAGGUGAAGUACACCUUGGAAAGCAGUGAGAAAGAAGUUAAAAAAUAUAAACUUCACUGUCUGAAGUAAUUAAGCUGAAGAUUCAGUUGAGUUCAGAAGAAACAGAAAAGGAACUUUUAGCUAGGAUGGUUUGAUCAUUCAGCCAGUCAAUGAAUGAUAUAUCAAGAGGCCCAAGAUUGUUGCAACACUUAAGAGUAUCCCAUUGUACCUCAGCAAACAUGUGAUAGUUGUGCGUGGAAAUUACCAGAGUUAGAAAUUUAGCUUCUCUGUGAGCCAUUUUUUGGGAGGUAGUAAAAGUCACCUAUGACAAUUUUUUCAACAGUGAUUUUUUAGUUAAUUCAUAUUUCCAUUUUUCUAGAAUCUGGAAAACCUAAUGUAUCAGUUAGAGAGUUGAUUUUUUCCCCUAAAAGAAUGUAAAAUAGUUAAUCGCAUAUUAUUAACUGUAUGUAUGACACUGAACUGCCAUGAGCAUAAAUGGUGUCUUACUGAAAUGCAUGACACUUACAGGGCAUGCAUUGACUUGGUUCACAUUGUUAUUGUCCUUGUGAGUAGUUUGUAAACCCUUGUCAAGGAGUAGGAUAUGGUACUGGAAUAGAGGCUGACUGUAUGAUUAUAGUGAAAGUUUAUGAUUUUUUUUUCAUUAAAGCACUUGAAUCCUUUGAAGUGCUCCAUUUAGGAUUUAUAGCCAUGUUCUGCCCAAUUCCAUCUCUGAGCUUCUUGGCAGUAUUUUAAAUACUUUCCAUUACCAAAGUAUUGUUAUGAUAUAUAAAGUAUUUAUUAAUAAAUGUACUGAUAGAAUGACUGUGCUCAAAUGAUUUGCUCUUGUGUAGUGUGAACAAAAAACAAACAAAAAAAAAGAUGUGAUAAAUUUCAUGAGCCAUGGAAGAAAAAUCAUUAGUUGAGAUUCUUUUUUCUUUCCUUGUUUUUACUUAUUUUUGUGUCAUGGCAAGCAAGGUCCUUAGUGCAGAGAAGCUUGCAGUAAAAGCUUUGGAAGUGAAAAUAUUGGUAUUUUAAAAGAAAGUUGGACAAAUUCAACUUGUCAUAUUUGUAAGAAUCUGCUGCAGUAGCAAAUUGAUCACAAAAGAAAUUUACAAAUUGGUCUAUUUUUUUUUUUUUCUUAGUCAGUCAGAAACAGUCUGCAUUUGGUCAAAAUUAUUAUUAUAAUGUUUAAUUAUUAUACUCCUGUAGAAAUAUACCCUGGAUAAAUGUUCCAGAAGUUGUGCAAUAUAUGGAUCUAGUGUAAAAUUUUGUAAGAGGCUUUUCCUGGAGUUGAGAAGUACAAACUAAUGUGUUACAUAAGAAGGAAGUGAUCGUAAAUUAAUUUUUAAGUUUUGGAUCUCCAUCAGGUAGCUUUCAGGGUUUGUUAAGAGAGAUAAGAAUCACACUAAAGUUUGUGGAAUGUAAUAUACUUUACCUGCCUAUAACAGUAAAUUUGUUGUUCAUAAAAUUGGGAUUGAAGGAUAUUGGAUAUUAUGGCACAAAAACUAAGCUCUUAAGUGGAGGUAUGUUAUCAGAUAUUCAGUGCACUGUUGAGUGAACAGUAUUUUUGUCUUGAAGUAUUUGAUUCCAUUUGCAAUUUAACCAUUCUUUAGUAUAUAUUAUGCUUUAUGUUUUCAGUGCUUUUUGGCUAGCCUGAAUUUUUUUUCCCCUCUGAGUAAGUAAAGGUGCUGUAAUAUGUCUUUCUGCCAAGGAUGAUGCAUGUGGUGCAGGAGAUUGUCAACCCUGUUUUUUUUUAAUGCAAAUAUAAAAGUCAGUGAUACACGUUAAAUGGUCCUGAUACGAAUGUGUUGUGAAUGAUGUAUUUGUGAAAAGGAGAUUGAAUUGAUACUUUAUAGAUCUUUUUAGGAUUGGUGAAAUUUGGGUAUUAUUUAAACAAAGAAAAUUCAGUUAUUGAAUUACAGAUUUGCUAUUGGUGUACAUUUCCCAAUUUCUUGAAAUAUGGAAGUCUUAAAAAAACUUACAGUGGAGAAAGCUCAACAGCUGGCAAAAAAUAUUCAUGGUAUUUUACUUAGAAUUCCAUUGAGAUUUCUGUAAGAAUUAUGAAUAAGAAAUUUUUAUAAUGGUUUUGUUGACAGGCUUUUAAGGAUAUCAUGUAAAAGAAUUUGACAAUUCUGCCAUAAAAAAAAGAAAAAAAAAAUCUUGAUGAUAAAGCUUGACAUAAUUUCAACCCUAAGUCCCUUGGAAAGUGUUGUGUUCAGUGUAGUCUUCUUUUGUGAAAUGUCUGUGCACAUAAACUCUACAAGUGUUUAGCCAGAAAGGAGUCAAUUAGUAGACCUUGUGAACUCACUUGAUUUCACUUGAAUUUGCAGUUUUUUUUUAAAUUAAUGCUUUCAAUAUUGAUGCUGUUGUUUUUUUUUAAUAGACAGCAUAAUUAUUAUAGUAUUAUGGAUAUUACUAACAGCAAUAUGAGAUACCAGAAAACAUUUUUAAAAAUCAAGGAAAAGGUUUAACAGGUGAGAUGGGUAGUAAUUGGCUCAUUGGUGACUUAGUACUUGUGGAGCCAUCUCUCUUUAAAAACAAUUAAUAAAUUAAACUCAGUAUACACACAAACACCAUCUCUGGCAGCUUUGGGUUAAAAUGUUCAGCUCAGGGUGCAAGAGUUUUUACCAUCCCUGUGAUGAGCAGGGCAUGGGGUUUAUUUUACCUAUUAUGGCUUUCCUGCAUACUUCUGACAUAACAAGGGCUGAUUGGGUCUUACAAGUGCGAAGAGGGGUGUUGGGACGUAUACCAUGACAUGGUAUGCACUAUAGUCCCUGCACCGCUCUUUUGCUCUGUCAACCUUUAGCAACCUUUAAACAUUUGGCAAGACCAGCAUUGGCACUGAAGUAUGAUCUUGCAUAUUCUUCAUCGAUUUCCUUCUUUUUAAUGUAGUAUUUAAAAAUUAAGGUUUUGGUUAUAAUGUUGGUUGAUGAUUUGAUUGUAUUUCUUGGAUACUUUAGACCAAAAGAUAUUUCAAUAAGGAUCAAAACCCUUUUGAAGUGUUUGGUGUGACCUAGAAUUUGUAUUGAUUACAAGAGUGCAAAAGCAGAUUAUGGAAUAGAAUAAUUAGACUCCAAUUUUAUGUUAUUAGACAAAAUGACUUCAUAUAAUUGUUUAGUUGUAAGGAAAAUUUAGGAAGUGAAAUAAGUACGAGUAAAAAAGUAUCAAGUUGAUAGUGAUAUAUAUGGUAUUUAGUUAAUUAUUUUUUAUGUAAAUUGGGAGUUUCUGGCUGAUUUUUACUGAUAUUUAUCAAUUGAUUAGCCUACACUGCCAAGUUCCAAAGAAGAAAGCUUAAAAUUGUAACUGAAAGAUAACUGAAAUACUGUUGAGAAUGAAUGCCUGAACUUUUAUGUUUUCCAAAGAUUUGCUAGCAUUCCUUUUUUUUAAAGAUAUGUUGUAAUUUAGAAUGUAACUCUAGAAAUAAAGGGAAUGUUCUUUUU